AAGUAGAUGACAUUUUAGUAUAUCGCCAUGUUUACAUACAUACAGAGUGAUUAACGUUAUGCCACAAACUACUUCACAAAAUAUUGAGUUUUUAAAUCACGAGUUUCGAAUGAAAUAACUAAAUCACGCGACGACCCGGAAGAAGUUUACGCCACUGUUCAGUUUGAUGAUCUGCAUCUCGAGAAUAUUUCCGAGUAAAGCCGAACUCUCCGAGUCCGAAGAUGCCAGCAGCAGACGACGCAUGUGACAGCGUUGUGGACAACAUCUGCAGGCUCGCUCCAGACUUGUUAGCAGAACCAUGUCAGCACAUUCUGAGUUAUCUGCAAGGGCAGGCGAAAGGAGUUGAUUCAGCUGAAAUGUGUGAUAUAUUUCAGCGAGCCGGAGUCACACUUGACCACGAAUCUUUACAGAGCGUCGUCAGAUUCCUCUUGUUAACGUUCAGGUCUGCUGGGAAGAGCAAACUGUCUGCAGACGACCUGGUGUCACGACUAGAAGAAGGCAGCAACAAGUGGACCAAAGAGUCACUCCAGGCGCUUCACAGCUUGUGGAGUGACCACGGCGACUCGGUACAAGUCCAGCCGGUCGCCCAGGACUUACUCAGCGUCGGUCGGCUGGUGGACAUGCAGUGGAAGCUGGGCGUGGCGGUGAGCUCCGACACCUGCCGCUCUCUCAACUCGCCCUUUGUCACCGUUCUACUGAAGAUCGCCGAGCCGUCGGGCCAGAUCGGCCAGAGGGCUUUCGAGAUGACCGUCCCGCAGUUUCAGAACUUUCACAAGCAGGUGAGGGAGCUGGCGGCUGUCAUGGAAACUGUUUGAUGGCAAAGGACUGCAGAUGCCAACGUUUACUGUUCUCUCACAUUUGGAUGUUUUGUACUGUUUGAGAUUAGCUUCAUUCACCAAAUCGGUGAUGUCACAUUUCAGAAUGUCAUAAAAAGACAUCGCAAAUGAUUGUUAUUUGAAAGCUGUGGGAUCAGAAACGUGACUUGAUUGCGGCAGCCAUGUGCUCAAAACGUCGUCGAUUGUCCGAGGUUGUCGGCACUUGAUUUCUUAAGACAAAGUCACGGCCUGUUGAGUCUCCGCUAAUCUUUCCAAACAACAUGAUUGGGGGAGGUGUAGUCUGACGCGGAAGUGCAAGUGCUUGUUUUGAAGAACAGUUCAGUUGGUGAACGGAGAUAAAGUACUCGCUGAAAGCGACGUAAGAAAACAUGUUUUGUUUUAACACUACAUCCACGAGGAGAAUUAACAAGUGGACAUGUUUUUUUUUUUA